AUGUCCGAACCAACCACCACCCAGAAAAUCCACCACAUCAACCCCUCAGCUCUGGAGACCUUCGUCCACCAAAUCCUAGUCGCCAACAAUGUGCCCCCAUCCCACGCCACCAUAAUCGCCUCAUGCCUCGUGCAAGCCGACCUCCGCGGCGUCGACACCCACGGCUCAAACCGCAUCCCCUCAUAUAUGCAGCGCAUCCGCCAGAAAGUCCUCGACCCAGCCGCAGAGCCCGAACUCACGCAGACAACGCCCAUUGCAGCCUCCAUCGACGGCAAGAACACAUUCGGCUUUGUGUCCGCGCACAUGGGCAUGCAGCGCGCUAUCGAGAUGGCGCGGGAGUUCGGGCUGGGCCUCGUCUCCGUCAAGCACUCGAAUCACUUUGGGAUGUCGGCGUGGCUGGUGCAGCAGGCAAUUGAUGCGGGCAUGAUGUCGCUUGUUUUCACGAACUCUUCGCCGGCCCUGCCGGUUUGGGGCGGGCGGGAGAAACUCAUGGGUGUUUCGCCGAUUGCGUGUGGGGCGCCGGCUGGGAGGGAGCGGCCGUUCAUUCUGGAUAUGGCGCCCUCUGUUGCGGCGCGCGGGAAGAUCUAUAAGGCGCUGCGGCGGGGCGAGAAGAUCCCCACGGACUGGGCGCUUGAUGGCGAGGGGAAUGUCACUGAUGAUCCGGCGCGUGCGCUUGAGGGCGUGAUGCUGCCUAUGGGCGGGCCGAAGGGGUCUGCGCUUGCGGUGAUGAUGGAUGUCUUCUCGGGUGUGUUUUCGGGGUCAGCGUUUGCGGGCCAUGUUACGGGGCCGUAUGACCCGAGCAAGCCGGCGGAUGUUGGGCAUUUCCUGAUGGCUAUCAAGCCGGAUUUGUUUGUGAGUUUGGAGGACUUCAAGGAGCGUAUGGAUUAUCUUUAUCAGAGGGUUGUGGGGUGUGAGAAGAUGGGUGGUGUUGAGAGGAUCUAUUAUCCUGGGGAGAUAGAGCAGAUCAACAGAGAGAAAAGAUUACAGGAGGGCAUUCCGUUUACGGAGGCUGAGAUUGAGAGUCUCAAUAAAGAGGCGGAUAUGGUUGGGGCUGCGAGGUUAAAGGUUGAUUAG